AUGUCCACCAUACUUGAGCCCAACGAGGCGCUCGCGCACACGGAGGCCCGUCGCGAGCGCAGCAGCAGCAACAGCAACAUUGGCACCGACAAAAAGGAGGCUACCUACACCGACACGGGCGCCGAGGCCGCGCGGCGUGACCCUGCGGACGACACAGACCACGAGGCGAUCGACAAGGAAGCCCAAGCGGGCGUGCAGAAUAUUGAGGCCACAACGACAGUGUGGUCCAAAAAGGCCCUCAUCUUCGCCUACGUCUGGAUCUGGGUCAUCUACUUUGUCAACACCAUGCAGCAGGGCGCCACCGGCGCCCUCACGCCCUAUGUCACGUCAGCCUUCCAGGAGCACUCGCUCACGCCCACCGUCAGCAUCAUGAGCAACAUAAUCGGGGGCGUCUCCAAGCUGGUCAUUGCCAAGAUCCUCGACGUCGUCGGCCGUCCCACGGGCUACCUCGUCACGCUCCUCCUCAUGACCGUCGGCCUCAUCAUGAUGGCCGCCUGCAAUAGUGUCGAGAUGUACGCCGCCGCCCAGGUCUUCUACUGGGUCGGCUACAACGGCAUCAGCUUCACCCUCAGCGUCUUCAUCGCCGAUACGUCCCACCUCAAGAACCGAGGCCUCAUGCUCGCCUACGUCGCCUCGCCCUACAUCAUCACCACCUGGCUGUCCGGUCCCAUCUCCGAGGCCUUUCUCGACGGGCCCGGCUUCCGCUGGGGCUUUGGCGUCUUCUCCAUCCUCACGCCCGUCUUCACCCUGCCUCUCUGGGGUCUCUUUGUCUACUACGCCCGCGUCGCCAAGAGCCGCGGUCUGAUCAAGGAGCGAGAGUCCGGCCGCACGAGGCCCCAGUCCGUCCUCCACUACCUCCGCGAGUUUGACGUGGUCGGCCUCGUUCUCAUCAUCGCCGGCCUGGGCCUCUUCCUGCUCUCCUUCAACAUUCAGCCGCGGCAGUCCGCGGGCUGGGAGGCCCCCAUUGUACUGGUCUUCCUCCUCGUCGGUCUCCUCCUGCUCGUCGCCUUUGGUGUGUGGGAAAAGUUCUUUGCGCCCGUCAAGUUCAUGCCGUUCGAGCUGCUGACGGACCGCACCGUCGCGGGCGCCUGUCUCAUGGCCGCCACGCUCUUUGUCAGCUUCUACAUCUGGAACUCGUACUUUUACUCCUUCCUCCAGGCCGUCAACGGACUCACCGUGACCGAAGCCAGCUACGUGGCCCAGAUCUACAGCAUCGGCUCCUGCUUCUGGUCCUUUGCCGUUGGCUACGCCAUCCGACGCACGGGGCGCUUCAAGUGGGUAGCCCUGUACUUUGGCGUGCCCAUCACCAUUCUCGGCGCCGGCCUCAUGAUCCAGUUCCGCCAGCCGCACGUGAACAUUGGCUAUAUUGUCAUGUGCCAGAUCUUCAUCGCCUUUGGGGGCGGCGCCGUCGUCAUCACCCAGCAGAUCGCCGUCAUGGCCGUCACCGCCCACCAGCACGUCGCCGUCGUCCUCGCCGUCGAGAGCAUGUUCACCAGCAUCGGCGGCGCCAUUGGGCAGACCGUCUCCUCCGCCAUCUGGCAGCACGUCUUCCCCCGCGCUCUGGGCAGGCGUUUGCCCGACGACACCAAGGACCAGGCCAUGGCCAUUUACGGCAGCCUGGAGGUGCAGCUCGACUACCCCCUGGACAGCCCUACGCGCAUCGCCAUCCAGGAUUCGUACGGCGAGGCCGUGCGGUAUAUGCUGAUUGCGGCCACGUCUGUUCUCGUGCUGGCCAUUGCUGGUGUCGCCAUGUGGAGGGACGUCAAUGUCAAGGACAAGAAGCAGGUCAAGGGUCUGGUCGUCUGA